CAAAAAACUUCAAUUAGAAAUUUGUAAAUGGUUGUCGUUGUUCUUCCUUAAUUUUAAAUUUUACGACUUAAUCGGUGAAUUAGUUAAAAUCGAUUCUGUACAUUAACUCUGGAAUGGACAUCCAAAACACAGUAGCAUCCACUUCAAAUAAAUUGCAGCACGAAACAACCGCUCAACUAGUACAAAAAACACAAACUGAAGUGGACGAAAUAGCUGACAUAAUGCGAGUUAAUGUUGUAAAAGUGAUGGAACGUGAUCACAAACUAGAUGAUCUAAACAAACGUGCUGAUGCAUUGCAACAGGCCGCAUCUCAAUUCAAACUACGGUCUCAUAAAUUGAAACGGAAACAGUGCUGGACUAAUGUCAAAAUGAAAAUUGUAUUGGGCGUAAUUGGUGUGAUCGUGCUGAUUGUCAUCUUCGUAUUUACAUGGCCAGAGAAAGAUUCAACAGAAGAUCCAUCUACAACAUCAGCAACCGAAGAUCCAUCUACAACAUCAACAACAGUAGCUCCUUGAGGAAAUUCUUAAGUCAUAAAUUGUGUAGUCGGUAACUAUGUCUUUGCAAUUACAUUCAAUUUAGUAAA